CUUGAUGUAUUCUCGGUUACAACAGAAAAUGGGGUCAUUCACAACCAACGGAUGUUCUCAAGCUCUCAGACAUGUUGGUUUCUCAGUAAAUAGGGUUUGCACUCCGCAGUUGAACACUUUCACUGCUGUAUGUGUAAAAUAGGACAUGUCACAUUGAAGCUACAGACAAUAGUUCACAGUUACUGUGAUGUUUAUAUCUUUUCUUUUUGUCAUGGACUUGAUUGUACAUCAUGACAUUCGAUAACUAAAUCAUGAUAGAAGGUCUACUAUUUUCUGCAGAAAUAUAUUUUUUCUCCACAGGUGAUAAACAUGGAGGUGCAUAAUGCGACGCAAACAGAUGAAUAUGAUUAUUAUGACCCAAAAGACUACACUGAAGGUUAUCCUGAUGAAAGUGGAACAGAAUAUAUCUGUAACCUGAAUCUCAACCGUGAUAUGGAGUUAGUCAUACAGACCUACGUCCAUUCCUUCAUCUGUGCAUUCGGUCUCUGUGGCAAUGCGUUGGUGAUUGUUACAUAUGCCUUCUACAAGAAAGCCAAGACCAUGACAGACGUGUACCUUCUGAACGUGGCUGUGGCAGAUCUGCUGUUCAUCGUGACCCUGCCACUCAUCAUCUACAAUGAGAAGCAUGACUGGAGCAUGGGCUCAGUGGUCUGCAAGGUACGGGCUUGGUGCAGUUCCAUGCCCAUGGGGUUCUUCCUGCCCCUCCUGGUCAUGGUCUACUGUUAUGCCAACAUCAUCUGGACCCUGCCCAGGGCCCACAGCACACAUAGGCACAAAGUUCCAGCAGUGCGUGUGGUCCUAGCUGUGAUGGUGGUCUUAAUCGUGUGUCACCUGCCCUACAAUGUGGCCAUGCUCUACCACACAGUGGCAUUGUUCCAACAGAGGGAGUGUGAGGUGGGGAAGGUCAUCCUCACCACCCUCACCACCACCAGGAGCGUGGCCUACUUCCACUGUUGCCUCAACCCCAUCCUGUACCUCUUCAUUGGGGUCAAGAUCAGGAACCACUUCAGGAAGAUCCUGGAGGACCUGUGAUGCCUGGGCAGGAAGUACAUCUACCCUUUGGUCACUCCAAUGAUGGAUCCAACAAUGAGAAUGGCUCCUUGUUCACCAUGUGAAGAUGGGAGUAGGUAGAGAUUGCCUCAAACUACUAUGGGUGAUGAUAACAUGGUUAGUCAGGGAGUCCUGACUUUCCUGAGUUUUCGAGAUUGCUCUGAAUUCCAAUGUGUUUUUACAAGUCUAUGGAAAUAUUAUUUUCAUAUUAUGCUCCUCUGUGCAUAUCAUUGACAAUUUGUUUUUACCUCCCUUUUCUCCCCA